CGUGUCACAAUAAAUGACGUGGCUAAUUCCAGCUCAGUUCGAAUCUCGGCACUACUAAUUUAUCUUCAAGAAAUUUCUAUUUGUGUCUACAACAUCUAGUGAGACUAGUGUACUAACCGUUGAAUAACUAACAUAAUUUUCUAUUAAAUUAGUUAAAUUCGAAGUAACGUAUUCUAAUCUGGAAUUACGGUCACACAACAAAGUUCUAAGAGCUAAAGUUAGAGUAGCACCAGUCAUGUCUACGGCGAUCAACAAUGGACACAAUACCAGUACAGAAGAUUUUACCAAACAUGUUUUUGGAGGUGAGUGUUUAGCUUCGAUCUUAUCAUCGAUUUCUUCUUAUCAUAUAUGAAUUAUACAUUCUACAAAAUAACUCAAAAUAAUAUAUGUACGAUUUAUUUGUUUCAGGAAAUGCAUCAUCCGAACAAAUCGUAGAAGAAUCCAAAACAUGUGGUAAAAUUUUAACAGUUUUGUCAUGGAUUAUCGUAAUACUUACCAUGCCUUUUUCCCUCAUGGUUUGUUUUAAGGUGGUACAGGAAUAUGAACGGGCAGUGAUAUUUCGCUUGGGUCGUCUUCUCUCAGGUGGAGCUAAAGGCCCAGGAAUAUUUUUUAUUCUUCCAUGCAUCGAUGCUUAUGCCAGAGUUGACUUACGCACGAGAACAUAUGACAUACCUCCUCAAGAGGUUUUAACAAAAGAUAGCGUUACCGUUUCCGUUGACGCGGUGGUAUAUUACAGGGUUUCAAAUGCCACGGUGUCGAUUGCCAAUGUCGAAAAUGCUCACCAUUCCACCAGAUUACUGGCACAAACCACAUUACGAAAUAUAAUGGGCCAAAGACCGCUACAUGAAAUCCUUAGUGAACGUGAAAGUAUUUCCCAGCAUAUGAAGGCUCUUCUAGACGAAGCAACCGACUCCUGGGGAAUUAACGUUGAACGUGUCGAAAUUAAAGAUGUUCGUUUACCUGUACAAUUGCAACGAGCUAUGGCUGCAGAAGCAGAGGCAGCACGAGAAGCACGCGCUAAAGUAAUUGCAGCUGAAGGAGAACAAAAAGCUUCUAGGGCUCUUCGAGAAGCAUCAGAAGUUAUCGGAGAUUCUCCUGCAGCAUUGCAACUGCGUUAUCUUCAGACAUUGAACACCAUAUCAACAGAGAAGAAUUCAACCAUUGUUUUUCCUCUGCCAAUCGAUAUCAUUUCGUACUUCGUGAAAGCUAUGGAUGCAAAACAGUAGAUAAUGUUCACUGAAAAUAUUUUUGUGAAGUUUUGAAAAUUAAUUACUAUAAUAAUUCCUGCUUUCUUUUUCUCUACCGUAAAUAAGGAACAUUUAAUAUAAACUAUUAUAUAUCAUUAUUAUUUGACACAUAAUGAUAAUUCAAUACUCAUAAUUUACUAAAAUAAACGAAUUUAUAUAACUACGAAAAGUGUAGAUUAAACAUCUAUGUUAUCAUUAAAAUGAAGACUGUAUAAACUCUACUGUAUUACAUAAAUUUUGACAAUAGGAAUUAACAAGAUGAAUUGAUUGUUUAGUACACACUUAUUUAAAACGCAAAUAAGAAAAGCUUCAAAACUUUCUUAAAAUUUAUAUGAUCAACUUACAUCUGAUACAAAGUUUUAAGGAUUUUCUUGAGGCACAAAUAUAGCAUAAUUCCAAAACUUAACGACUUUUUAGAUGUUGCUAAUUUUCGACACAAAUAAAUCAAUGUGUCUUGAUAUAUACAAAGUGUCGUUUUUGUGAAAGGAUCUUUUAUAAAAUUGAAAUUAGAAAUAUGUUGUUACAAAUACUGUCUGGCACUAAUUAUUCGAUCUGCAAACUAAUUUCAAUGAACAUGGUUUUAAAGAAUUGUAGUUUAUAUAGAGAAAUAAUUAUACACAAUAGAUAUUAUCACUUGCAGAUCAUAACUGGAAUACGAAGCCAUUCAAAAUCGAUAUAUUUUAGUACAGUAGUAGAUGAAAUGAAGUAGUAUUUAAAAACAUCAGGUCACGGAUAGUAAAUUACAAUUAACAAAAUGUAAUACAACAAACAAAACUUUAUGACCAUUCUUCUUGAAUAUUAUUACAAUUUUUCUUAAUUAGGUUUUUCUUUAAUACAAUUUCUCAAAUUAAUAUCGAGCCUAUGGGAGCUUAUAAAACCAUUUGAUCAUAUCGUAAGAAAUUGAAUUUAUUGCUUUAUACCAUUGUAAUAUUUUCUCCUAUUAACUGGGAAUUAUUUCACGCAGACUUUGACGAAAAUAUGCACAUCGAAAAGUUCAACUAUAAUCUAUCCAAUCCCAAUCGAUAUGAGGCUGAAAAGUUCUGUAGAAAAUUGAAUGCGAACACAAAUAACGAGGAUUCCUAAAAGAACCAGGGUUUUCGUGGAAAGGAGGGGUUCUCAAUGAUGUAGGAUAAAGUAAAUAAUUUUAUGAAUAGGUACAAAAGUGGCAAUUCUUUAUUAGGUAUAAACCCAAAACACUCUCGAUAAUGUUGCUCCUCGUAAUGUUAUACCAAAAAAAAGCUUUUCAUAUAUUUCUAAACAAAAUGUUGUGUGCCAAAAUAAAAAAAAAACGCGACUGGUGCAGAUUUCUUCAUGUUUAAGACUGUUUAAAGAACCUAUCCAUAUCAAAUCCAAAUUUUUAAUCGAUACUAACUAAAUGAAAUCUACUUUGUAAACAAAAAUUUAAGUAAUAUUGAAAAUAUCAGGAAAAUAUAUAUGUUACUAAGCUUAGACUUGAAUAGACCUUAAGAUAAGUAGACCUUAAAUACGAAACAACAUUUUCGUACUUUACUACACAUUAUAUAAGGUAGUAGUCCAUUAAUGGCAUUAAAGUAACCUAAUAUUUUCAUAAUAUUCAAAUGUUAUGUUUCUUCAUAUGAAUAGUGCCAAAAAUUAUAUUAUAGGAAUUAUUUGAACAGUAUCUAAAAUAAUUUUUGAGGAUAGUAUUGGUAAUGACAUAUUCUUUUUUUAUAUAAAAAUUGGAAAUUUUUGCCUUUUAAAUAAUACUUUAAGUAAGUUUCAUAAUAUUGGGAUAGUUCCUACUAUUUCAUGUAAUUUCGAUUAUAAUUCAAAUAUUUAUAAGAGUAUUUUAUGGAAACUGGUCUAUUUUUAUAUGUACCUUUUGUCCCGUACAAUUUCGAAUAAAAAAUAUUAUUGUAGAUUAUUUCAAUUCUCACGUUUUCUCACUACAUUCGAAUAUUUACUGCACUAAGGUAAAAUACAUAAAAGUUUUGAUGUUCUCGUCUAGACAAAAUAAUAUUUUCGCCCAAACCAGUAGCAUCUUUAAUCUGUGAUCUAAAAUCAAUAUUCUGUGUGAUUCAAUUUUACCUUUUAAAUUAGCAACUAUAAAAAAUAACAUCGUCAAAUGUACUACCGUAAAACGGGGUUACAUUGAACAUUUUCUUUAAAUUUUGUUGAAUAACUCUUUUACCUGUGGUUCAAUUGAAACGAGGAAAAUAACACUUAUGGGUCACUAUAGAACCAAGACUUUAUGUACUUCAGAUUAUAAAUUGAGCUAUGGAGAGAUAGCUCUAGAAAAGUUGCUGUUCAAUAUUACCCCGUGAUCGGGAUAACAUUGAACAAUGGUAUAAAUCGGAUUCUACGUACCCACGGGUUUAUUAUUCGUUCAAUAUAACUCCGCCAUUGAAACAAGCGGUAAAAAUUAGUAGGGAGUCAGUUUAUUUUACCAUUUUUUUUCAAUACCAAGGUGGUUAUAUUUGUUGACGAAAUAUAUUUUUUUUUAAAUUUUCUCUAUUAAACAUUAAAGUCCUCAAUACAGUGUAAUACAAUCUUAUUCUAGACUAAGCAAAUUGGUAAUUCAGAAGUAAAAUAACAAAAGAUAAGAGAAACGUAUGAACGACAGUCUUUAUAAAUACUUUUAGCCCACAGCAUACCCGUCGAAUUACAUCGAAAAAACCACUUUUCCGCGGCGGUCUUCAGCUGGAGUGGGCAGAAGUCUCUCAAAAUCCGAGGGACUUACGAUUGACACGUCGUCUAUCUGAAAACAAAAACAUUAUAUUUCGUUAUAAUGCAUAAGGCCGACGAAAAAUUUUAAAGUUUUCUUGGUUGCGAAUCUCACAAGCACAUAAUCGUUAACGAAUGCAGCCUCCGUCGGCUCUUUAUUCUCUUCUUGAAGCACUUCAUCACAAAAUGUCUCAUAAUCAGAUUCGUCCUGAAGCUCUAUUUCUACGUCGGACUAUCACUAUCAAAUUCCUUAGCAGACUUUUUCUCCAUCCAUCCAGAACUUUCUCCUAUUUCAAAAUCUUCUGGCCCGAUGCUUUUACCCGGUGCAAUGUUUAUUUUCUUUUUUCUUUGAGUCCUUUUUUGUUCCUAAUACCCUGUAGAAAUUGUACAACUGUGUCGUUUAAACUGUUUUCGAAAUUUUGGUUUAUUUCAGUGUCGUCAGUACCAGGCAAUUUCUUUAAUAUUUCAUUUCUGUCUAAAGGGUAUAUACCCGUUCAACAUUAACUUCUUUAAGAGUUUUGGAAACGCCUUCUUUGGAAGACCAGUUGUUCCUGUCGCUAGCUUAUAAUCACUGAGUAUUAUACGCCACUGUUUCUUUAGUGGUGCGAAUACCGCAACAUCGAGCGGUUGAGCUAUAUGCGUGGUAUUCAGCGGUAAACAUAUGAAUCGAACAUUAAUUUCGACCGACAGUCUGUUGAAUUCCUCAGAGAAAUGGCUCGCCAAGUUAUCCCCGAUCAAUACUUUGACUCCUUCUUGAUGUCUCGUGUGAUAGAGAAAAACAGAAGUAAACCAAUUUAAAAAGGUUGCAUAAUCAAAUCAUCCAUUAGUUGUACGGUGGUAUCUUGUUUUAUCGGAUCCUCCUUCCAUCCAUGUUGUCCAAAGGUUUUCUGCUUUGUGGACUACAUACAGUGGCAGCAGAACUCCUGAAGCGCUUCCGCAAAACAUCAAAGAAAUAUUUGAUUUUGAGUGAGACAAUAAACGUUCUGGGUAUUUCACCCCUCUUUUAAAAAACCAUUUUGUAGACCCAGGGUCAUUGUCUCAUCGAAAUUGUAUAUGCAAUCGGGGGAAACUCCGUCUAGACAUUGUUCAAGGUUAUCAAAAUAUGCAUUGAAAAAACUUCUUUAGUGGUAGAUGCUCUAUUUUUCUGUUUCUUUUUAGAAAGCCUUUAAUCCAGUCGAUACCUGGCAAAUUAUUCUUAAACUACUUAACUGUCCUACCCAUUUUGUCGAAAUGGCUUUUCAUAAUAUGUCGUACAUCGUCGUGAGUCAAAGGAAAGCCCCACUCAAGAGCAUAUCAAUCAGUAACUUUUCUUCGUCGUUGCUUUUGGGAUCUUGUAUAUCUUCGACGCCUUGGAAAGUGACAAAUUUUUUGUUUUGGUUUCGCGGAUUGCUUGUUCCAUAGUAUCAGUGGUGUAAUUUUUGUAUGAUCGACUACCCAACUUUCUAAUGUAAACACGCAUUUUAAAACGGGAUUUUUGAACUUCACUAUCUAAUAUUUCCUAACCUCCCAUAUAUUUUCGACGCAGGCUAAUGUUAGAUGGAUCGCGUACGAUUUAAAACUAACGGCAGGAAACAAUAUUUACAUAAAUCACUCGCGAUGUCGCCUAAACACGCUGAUUCUUGCCGUUCAAUGUUACCCAACUUUUCCAAAAAAAUUACAUAUUUUUUUAUUAUUAUGUAGUUAAAAAUAUUUCAGAACACAAAUCAUUUACUGUCUUAUGUAGAAUAAGGUUCAAUGGAUAUAUUUUGUAGAAGGCCGGUUGCAGACACAGAAACAAAGUUUUUCUCCUUAAUUUUGAGAACCUGAAAUGAAAUUUCAUAAGAAUAGUCCAAGAAAAACGUAUUUGCGAUCCUUAAAAAAAUACAUCGGUCCCAAAAAACAAUUUCAGGCCAACUUGUGGAAAAAUAUAAUCUUUAUUGUAAAAUUGUUCAAUAUAACCCCGUUUUACGGUAACUAAUUAUUUUAAUAACUUUCAACGAUUCAGCUGGGAUAAAAUAUAUUUAAAAUUUGUAACAAAUAUGUCAUACAUUACAAUAUUAGUCAUUUUAGUCAACGAAUUAACCUAACAUAACUAAUACCUUAAAAUUUUGAACGGACACUGAAAACUAAAGUUGAUUUUAAACUUCUAUUUUGGCAAAACAAGAAUAACAAUUAUAUUUCGACAUUUGUGAUUGUAUAUUUAGUAUAUCUAUCAUUAUCAUAUCAUUGUUAUUUUUCUUAGGUAUUAUUAUUUUAAAUUUUUGUUAUACCUAAGAAAUUGAACAUAUAACCAAGUUCAUAGUUUUAGAAUAUGACUUGUUGUUAUAAGUAGUGACCUGUUUUCGAUUUGUGAAGCAACCUUGCAUGUUUUCAUUGUAUUUUUCAAUUUUGGUUUUUACAUCAAAUGUUUGUUAUCUUAGGUAAACGAAAUCAUGCUUUUUGAAUCCACUGAUUGCUUUUUAAAUCACGUAUUCACAUAUAUUACUUGUUAAUUGUACAGACGCUGAACACUAUAUCAGCUGAGAAGAACUCAACUAUAGUGUUUCCGUUGCCAGUCGAUUUAUUAACAUAUUUCGUUAGAGCCAAGGAAGCUGCUGGACAAAAUGUAAUUUAAAGUAAUUUAAAAAUUUCAAUUUCUACCUUAAUAAUUAUGAGAUUUUAUCAACGUGUAGAAUAAGGAGGAAAACACACGAUUUUUGGAUAAAUUUGAAAUUAACAUCAAAACAUUUUAACGAUUGUUUGUUUCUCUAAGCUUUCCACAACCAAUAGUUUUUAUAUGACUGAAGUAAAAACAUACAUUGGCUUAUUUUCUCAGUACUAAAUAUAUUAUUUUGAAUUCGAUUGUAAAAGUUCAGAUACAAAUUUCAUUUUUUUUAUGCCACCUAAAUAUAAUUACAACAAUAAUCAUAUUUAUUAUAUUACUGUAGACGUUAAGAUAUUUGAGCCACAUAAAAACAAAUGUUACGAUAUUUAAUUAAUGCCUACACUAUCUAACAAAAAAUUGAAACACUCGUAAUAUUCAUUGGAUAUGAGUAAUUUUGUUAUUUAUUAUGUAAAAUGUAUUUUCUGAAAUAAAUGUUUGUGUUUUACAA